CACCCUCUCUCAACCGCCAGUUGGACUAUACCCUAUACACUCUCCAUAGCUAUGUCACUACAAUCACUGUUACAAAUCCAUAGACAGAAUUGUCCACACUAGUCCCUAAACAGUGGACAGGAUGUAGAUACAGUAGAGCAGAUAUGAUGGCAUAAUCAGUGCUAACUGAUUAAGACUAAUAUAGUAAACAUAAAUUGGAAAUGUAAAGGGUUACCAUACCAACAGCUAUGACAUUUAACGACAAUAGUAUUACAGGAUGACCUGCAUGGUUAACAAUGGUCCAGUGAUAUGUCACACAAUCAUUGACGAUCGUCACCGAUACAGAACAGGAUAACACUGUCUUAGCAGGUAAAUCACUCAUUGUAAGCCCGCACAGUGUCCGGGGAAAACUUCCUGGAUAUCACAGUACAAACCAGUCUUCAUUGCCAACAGGGAUAUACUACCGGAUCAAACAACUGUGUGGUCCUUUAAAAUCAAAUGAGUGGUUCCUGUUGAUUCGUCCUCACAAUCCCAGUAUCAGCCAGGAAUUUGUGACGACAGACUUGCAAACAAUACAGCCAUUACUUAGCCAUUAGUACUAUGUUACAAUGACAAGCAUAUAAAAUUGAUUUCAAAAGCAAAUGUUCUUUUAUACAUGAGAAUGGGUUCCAGAGUUCAAAUUUACCAUGCCAGUUGGAUAAUGGAAACAGCAUACAUAUAGUUGUAUUCUGUUAAAAUGAAGAAUUGUGAAAUUUCUACUGUCAUCAAUUCUUAUCCACUUUGGACACAUUUAGUGGGAGCAAACUAUCCAUUGGUUAUAAAUAGAGAAAUUCUUGGUGUGUAGUCUUCAGAAGGGAAUAUUACUCAAAGAAACGAUAAACCUGAGCACAAAUGGAAGGAAACCGAAGUAAUCUGUCAGUCCCGCUGAGGUUCGGGAGAUUGGAGGACACGAUGGGAUACAUCAUUGCUAUGGAGCUCAUCACCUGGGGGUUCCCAAUCAUCAUCUGUGUCGGUACUAUCGGCAAUGUACUUAGUUUCAUCAUUAUGAUGCGUCGGGAAAUGCGACAGACUCCUACAUUUUUCUAUUUGGCGGCUCUAGCUGUAGCUGACACUGUAGUGCUGUACCUUAGUGCUCUAAAGACAUGGAUCAGAAUCAUCACAGGUUUUGAACUGCUGCAUAUCAGUAACGCUGCCUGUAAGACAUUCAUAUUCACGAUCCAAUUCUCAUUGCACUUCUCUGCAUGGCUUAUUGUGGCCGUGACUAUUGAACGGUUUCUGGCUGUCUGGUUUCCACUACGAGCUAACAGGAUGUGUAGCCUGUCCCGUGCCAAGUUUGUCACAUUUAUGAUAGCUUUGGCCUUUGUACUGGUGAAUGUAUAUCUGUUUUGGACAGCAGAACUUCUCCUUGACCCAUCGCGACCACAGGGGUCCCAAGCUAUAUGUGCUGCAUAUGCUUACGAGAAUUUUGUGUGUAAUGUGUUCCCUUGGGUCAAUCUUCUACUUUACUCAUUCCUACCCUUCGGGAUCCUACUAGUGUUCAACUCGCUCAUUGUAGUGUCUCUUGUACGCAACAAAGGCAUCUUCAGCAACAUGACCAAAGACGAUCGCAUUGCUCGCUACAGACAUCGCCGCCUAGCCUUCACUUUACUGGUCAUUUCCUUUGUUUGGAUAGUAACCACGCUGCCACGCUCUGUGUUUGGACUAGUGAAAGGAAAAGCAAGGACCUUAGAUGAAAUGGGUAACCAGGUUCUGGGCAAAGUGAUCUGUUUUGUCUUUAUGUACAUCAACCAUUCAAUUAAUUUCUUUUUGUACUGCCUGACUGGUCAACGGUUCCGCAUGGAGUUUGUCAAGUUUAUGUGUCGGUGGAAACAGAGUAAGAAUCCACCAAAAGCCAGAUUGACCUUUAAGUCGAGUGUGAGUAUGGGGUCAGGUCAAGAAACGACCAGUUCCUUGCCUCUUAUGGUCACACCCUCUCGUGAAACUGGUCCUUUUGAUUGAUAUUUUUGUGUUUUUUUGUAAAUAAAUUUGUAGUUCACUUUCA